UUUUUUGUAUUUUUGCAGUUUCUUCCUCCCUGCCAGCCAACCUAUCGAAUUUUUUUUGUUCGUUCGGAUAGCCGUCUUCUUCAGGACUAUUUUUGUUUGUUCCACUUCCUCCUUGUUCUUUUGUCUUGUCGUCUUUCGUGUAGUUUUUGAUUCAAACUACCCGUUUUUGUUUUUUCCGUGCUUUCAUUUUCUUUUCUUUUUUUCAACCCUCAACCCUCUGCUUCUCUCUGUGGUUCUGCUGAGGUUUUUUGUUUCUUUGGCUUUUUCCGUCUUUUCAUCAAUCUUGCACGCCCUUCCUUUUCAUUUGGGAAGGCGUUCAAGUUGACUUUCUUUUUUUAGGAGUUCCAUUUCCUAUUUUUUCUAUCUUCCUCCUUUUCGUCGGUCUGAGACCCUCCGUUAUUUAAACCCCCCCCCCCUUUGUCCUUUUUUCUUCCUCUCUUACUACUGCGCGCUGUGACACACCAUGCCUGGCUGCAAGGGAUUCGUCUGCACCUACCCGUACCAAGUCAAGGGGAGCGACCAGCAGUUUGAGGUCUGCAAAAGCUACCACGGCAAAACGACUACCAAGGCCAAUGUCCAGAAGCAUGUCUGGUUGCAUGUUCGCGGCUCGGCCGAACGAGAGACCAAGUUCCGUGCCGACUCGCCCAUGCUCACCUUGGUCAACCCCUACGUGUACUACAUGUUUGGCAAGAAACCAUGCGAACAGGCUCGAACCCGGCGGCAUCGCGCCAACAAGCCCGCUGAUGACUUGUCUGGCGACCGUCGCCUGUCUGCGGCAUCCUCUGACUCGCUGUCGUCGUCUGCGUCGGAUGACUCGGACGACAUGUCUGACAACGACUCCAUCUCGAACUCGUCUCACCUUGGCAGUCUGGGCAAUUCCAUCCGUCCGUCCAGUCGCGGCUCUGCGCACAACCUGUCUGCCUCGAACUUGGCUGCGUCCUCGUCUUCUCACAUCCCGCCGCCCGGGUUCUUUGCCGAUACCCUUCUGGCCGACUAUGUCGCUGGCGCUCUCAACGCGGGCAAGACACGCCCAAUGCAGGACUUGCACAACGAGAGCGGGUCUGUCACCUUCAAGCGUCCACUUGCCGACCAGCAGUCCCAGGAUACUUUGCGCAAGAUGCCCCGUAUUGGCGCCCUUUCCUUAAACUCCAACUCUGACUGCCCAGCACCAGGCGGUAUUCCCGCGUCCUUUUUCGUGCCCCCGCCUUCCUCCAUGUGCGCUGCCUCCGUCAUUGUCUCUGGCAACAGUCGUGCGUCGAUUGUUGCUCCUCCGCGCGCCAUUCCGACGCUUGCGCAGCAGCAGCAGCAGCACGUGCUUCAGCACCAGCAACUGACCAUGCCCAAGCACCAGGUUCCCAACCGACUGAUGCCACCACCGACGUUCGCACACCAGCGACAGCAGCAGCAGCAGCAGCAGCAGCAGCCACAGCAGUCCCAGCAGCAGUCUCAGCAGCAGUCUCAGCAGGCUGCUCAGCAGCUGCUUGCUCUCGGACCAAACAACAAGCAGGCUGCACUCAACCUCAAGGCGCCUGCGAGCGGCUUGCAAUCGGGCGUCCUCAUUGGACGAGCUCCGGGACGCCCCAACCAGCCCCUCACGAUGCCCAACGCUGCCCUGCAGUGA